AUGCUGCCGCAAAUCAAGGGCUUGGCCCGGGAUGUGAGCGCCCUGAAGGUUGGCUUCAGGGAGCUGGACAACUUAGUGAAGGCGAUCGGGGAGUGCAAGAGCAAGGCUGAGGAGGACCGCAUCAUAUUAGCGGAGCUGGAGACUCUCAAGCAGCGCCUGAGUGACCCCAAGCUGGACAGAUCGCGCGGGCGUGAAUACAUGGUCCGCGUUAUGUACUGUGAAAUGCUGGGCCACGAUGCCAGCUUCGCGUACAUCCCGUGCCUGCAGUUUGCCAGCGACACCAACCUGCUGACGAAAAAGGCCGCCUACCUGGCCCUGACCCAGCUGCUGGACUACAAGCACGAGCUGGUGCUGCUGCUGGUCAACACGCUGCUGUCUGACCUGAAGAGCGACAACUUUGUGGUGUGCUGCAGCGCGCUCGUGGUCACAUGCAAGCUGAUAGGACCGGACCUGGUCAACGCGGUCUACCCCAUAGUGAUCAACCGCCUGACGCACCCCAAGGAGGCUGUGCGCAAGAAGGCGGUGAUGGCCCUGCACCACUUCAUACGCCUGGACCCCCACAGGACGGGGCCGCUGCAGGACCAUGACGUGGACAAGCACCUGCGCACCGCGCUGUGCGACAAGGACCCGGGGGUCAUGGUGGCGGCGCUCUGCGCGCUGCAGGAGGUUGCGGCCAUCAACCCCGCGCCCUACCGCGCCCUCAUCCCCAGCCUCACCAGCAUACUCAAGCAGGCGAGGACUUUUUUGAGGCGGGCACAGCUCUUGGUGGCUGAGCACCGCCUGCCCAAGUCGUACGACUACCACCGCUUCCCAGCCCCCUUCAUACAGAUCAAGCUGCUGCGCGUUCUGGCCAAGCUGGGUGCGGGCGACAAGGCGGCGUCAGACAACAUGGCGGCGGUGGUGGCGGGGGCGCUGAAGCGCGCCAGCGGGGGCCAGACCAUCGGGAAUGCUAUCAUAUAUGAGGCCGUCAGGACCAUCACCGCCAUCUACCCGAGCCCCCAGCUGCUGGCCGCGGCGGCGGAGGCCGUGACGGGCCUGCUGCGCUCCAGCAGCCACAACUUGCGGUACUGCGGCCUGGACGCCCUGGCAGGCAUCACGCGCACCAGCCCCAAGUACGCCAUGGAGCACCAGGUGGCCGUCAUUGACUGCCUGGAGGACCCCGAUGACACCCUCAAGCUCAAGACACUGGAGCUGCUGGCCACCAUGACCAAGGCCAACAACGUGCAGGUCAUCGUUGAGCGGCUGAUGCUGUACCUCAAGGGCUGCAGCGACGAGCACGUGCGGCGAGACAUUGCGACCAAGACCGCGUGUGUGGCGAUGUGCUGUGUCUAUGUCUCCGAAGCGUUGCUCACGCUGCCUGGGUCGCGCGGGGCUUCAGUCUCUGGCUAG